ACUCGCGUGUGAGUAAUUUGCGUCUCAUGACCAAUCCUCGAACGUGUGCGAUUCAUCUACCUGUAGAAAGAGAAGUCAUGAUGAAAUGAAUAAUCAAAGAAACCAAACAGAUAUCUUCUUCCUCAUUUCCAGUCUCGUGUUUUUCACCAAAUUUCAGGGUUCACAAUUUUGCUUCGUCUUUUAAGCUUCUUAGAAAAAAAUCAGAGAUAGAAAGAUAAUUGUAAUAAAGCAUUGAAUGCAAGAUAUUUUUAUCAAAUUUAAGCAUUGAAUAUUUCUCUAUCGAGAUUUUUUUUUGAUCAAAAUCUAAAAUGGAGGUUUAUACAUAUCCAUCUCGUCCAUCUACUUCGUCAUCGUAUUCAUCUUCCUUAGGGAAUUGGGUUGAAAGAGUUAGAGAAAUGUCUGGUUCUGUACUUUCAGCUCUUCUUGGAAACAUUUUUUCUGCGAUAUUCACCUUCUUCUUCGCAUUGGUUGGGUCAUUGUUAGGUGCAAUGACAGGAGCUUUGAUAGGGCAAGAAACUGAAAGUGGUUUUUUUAGAGGAGCUGCUGUUGGAUCAAUCUCAGGAGCUGUUUUCUCACUUGAAGUUUUUGAAUCUUCUCGUAUAUUAUGGCAUUCGGAUGAUACUGGAAUCGGGUGUCUUCUUUACUUGAUUGAUGUUAUAGCUAGCCUUCUCAGUGGAAGACUAGUGAGAGAAAGAGUUGGUCCAGCCAUGCUAACUGCUGUACAAAGUCAGAUGGGUGCGAUUGAAACUAGUUUUGAUGAGGUUUUCGAUAUUUUCGAAACUGGUGGAUUAAAAGGGUUGUCAGGAGAUAGAGUAGAGAAGAUCCCAAAGAUCAAAAUUACUAAGAAAAACAAUGUGGAUGCAUCUGGGGAGAGGAUAUGUUGCUCAGUGUGUCUUCAGGAUUUCCAACUUGGAGAGACGGUUCGAAGCUUGCCAUAUUGUCAUCAUAUGUUCCAUCUUCCUUGUAUUGAUAAAUGGCUUGAGAAACAGGGUUCUUGCCCACUUUGCAGAAGGGACCUGUAGUGUUUUUUAGCGUAAAUUACAGGAUCAAUAGGAAAUUUUUACUUAAUUUCUAGAGGUCACUUCAAUGUUAAUCAGUGCUUAGUUAUAUACCAUGUCAUGCCUGUAAUCUCCUUGUUCAUUAUGUAUAAAGUUCUCGAGUUUCUUAAACAAUUUCUGUCUGUUUAGUUCUGUUAAUAUAGGAAACCUAACUACUUAAACAGUCACUUUAUUGGCACCAUCUUGUAAACAUUACUUUAUGCUAAAUACCAUGCUAAAAAUGAAAUAAGAUACCGUAUGCUAAA